UUCUCUUUUCCUCGGAAAGCCCCAUUUGCCUCUGCGCUCGCCCAAUCGCUGGAUGCCCUCGGCUCAUCAAUCGCUGCGACGCUUCCUCCGUCUCAUCAGCCCGCGCGCACCGAGGACACCCCCGCGUCUCCGCCAUGACUCCGUGUCCGGGCACAGCGCGGAGGCAGCGACGCUUGAAAUGAGCUUGGACUUCACAUCGCCUUGACGCACGAUCAAAGCAGAAUCCUCUGGCGUUUUGCGUAACGGCUCGGCGCGUUCAGGAAACCAUGCAGGACACGCCGACAGACAGCCAGACUCCCGCUCCGUCCAGGGCGUCGUCGUUUUUCAUCGACAAUCUACUGGGGACGGGGCAGGAUGAUGGGCAGGAUGCUGCGUCCAGCAGCAGCCGGACGGAUGCCGGGGCAGAGACCGCUUCCGACGGGCGAGACUUAAUGGCACAUCCCACCGAGCAGAGCGCUCCGGAGCCCGGCUACUGCAGCUCUGUGGUCCGGUCCUCAUACAGACACUCACCGCUGCUGUGGCACCACGGGGGGUCUCUGGAAACUACCUGCAGUCCAAAUCACAACAUGAAGGAUCUCUGCUGCCUCAUGUCACCCAGUGACCGGGGUUCACCUGCCAUGUCUGAACCCAUAACCGAGGCCAGCGAUGAAACUGACAGGAAAACAGCCGAUGGCAGCAUCACAGAUGACAACGAGGAUGCUCUGAACACCACUGAUGCUCGGUCUGGUCCAUCUGCUGGGUCUGAGCAGACCUCCACCAGGAAGAAGAAGACCCGCACCGUGUUCAGCCGCAGCCAGGUGUUUCAGCUGGAGUCCACCUUCGAUGUGAAGCGGUACCUGAGCAGCUCGGAGAGGGCCGGUUUGGCAGCAUCGCUGCACCUGACGGAGACUCAGGUCAAGAUCUGGUUUCAGAACCGGAGGAACAAGUGGAAGAGACAGCUGGUUGUGGAUCUCGAGGCUGCACAUGUCCCAAACUCAGCCCAGCGGAUUGUCCGGGUGCCCAUUCUGUACCAUGAGGGGUCUGUACCCACUGCAGUGGGCUUUAACUUAAAUGGGCACCCAGUGUCUCCCUCUGUCGUGGGCCUCUCAGGGUCCAUCAGCUACCCUCUGUCAUCGUUUGCUCACUCUAUGAGCCUGUUAAGAUCUCAGAUGAGCAGCUUGGUGUGAAAACUGCAGACUGAUGUCUAAAACUGCGUUAUUAACAGGAAUUCACUCAGUUAAAAUUAAUUGUGCAAUAACCCCCAAACUGCUGCCUGUAUCCAAAGACACAAGAUGAAGAAUCAAAUGUUUGAAAGCAAUUAUCUUUAUAUUUAUGUUGAUAAAACUGUAAGUGUGUUCAUUAGAAUCACAAUCCAGAGGGAGGGAAAAGGAGGCUGGAGCCGUUCACUGUAUGUUUGAUACACACAUAUUUUUGCUAACUUUUAUAUUUAAAGCCACAAAUUUUUUUCAAAUUUGUCACUAUUUUCACAAAAUAAAACUAAUAAAAAUAUCAAUCACCAAACCUUCUGU